AUUCCAGGAUUUUUCCCGGUGUCCCGGGAUGAUUCCCUGCCGUUCCCUGGCUUUGUGCGCGCUCCUGGCCGCGGCCGUUCCCGUUUUUCCGCGGGAGUUGCGCUGCGCGGAGCGCCAAUAUCUCUUCCAGGAGCGCUGCUGCAGCGACUGCGCCCCCGGGCAACAGAUACAGAGCCGCUGCACAGCCCUGUCAGACACCGUCUGUGUCCCGUGCCAGGAUGGAUAUUUCACCUGGAACCGGAAGGGCAGUGUGGAGGUGAAGCGCUGCGAGAGGAGCUCGGAUCGGGUUUGUGCCUGCAGGGCGGGGUUCAGCCCCAGCGGGAGCCCCGUGGGCAGCGAAUGUUCCCGAUGUCCUGAAGGGACUUUUUCCCGAGGAGGGAACGAGCUCUGCCAGCCCUGGACCAACUGCAGCCGCCGCGGGCAGCGCACGCUCCGGGCGGGGUCGGGGACCGAGGACAGCGUUUGUGGCGACCCCGAUGAGGAGCGCAGCUGCCGCGUCCCCAUCCAGGAGGAGCAGAUGGACCCCAAUUCGAGCCUCAUCAAAAACUGAGCCCGGAUUUGCCCAAUUCCUGCAUUUCUGAGCCCGGAUUUGCCCAAUUCCUGCAUUUCUGAGCCCGGGAGCGACGGAGCAGCGGGAUCGGCCGGGAUUCAUUAAUUCUGGGAGU